AUGCGCACUGACAUGGCUUUAGUCAGAUGUGUCAGACCGCUGCUGUUUUACCGUCCGCCUCUGCAAUGCUGCGGCGCUCUCAUUUCGAGAGCGACGUUAGGUACAGGAGUUGAUGCGAAACCGCUGAUUGAGAGGAACGUUCGUCUAGGACGUCCGCUGUCGCCACACGUCGGAAUCUAUAAGUUUGGCAAUAACAUGAUAAUGUCUAUCACACAUCGAGCAACAGGAAUGAUGCUAGCGGGAGGUCUAGUCUCGUUCGGUAUCGGCAUGCUCAUAACUAGAGACGUCAACACCAUGCUGUCCGCCCUCCAAUCCUUGCAUCUCUCACCGUCCAUCAUUUUCCUCGAAAAAUUGUGUUGCGCCUUUCCAUUCACAUACCACACACUGAACGGCUUACGUCACUUGGCAUGGGAUAUGGCCAUUGGACUAAACAUGCCCGCAAUCUAUCGAAGCUCGUACGUCGUUCUCUUGUUGUCGCUGAUCACAACGGGAAUCUUUGCUGCUUGGUACUGAUGUGGGCGCUAGGAGUGGGAUUAUGGGUGUGGCUGUGUGUUAGUGUGUGUGUCGUUGUUGAGCGUAGAUCGGUUCCAUGAUGUGUAGUGUGAAUAUGAGGAUUAGUGCGA